AUGGCUGGCUUCCUGCUUGGAGGUAGUGGAAACGUAAGUGACAAAAAAUUUGGACAAACUUACUCUGUUCGACCCUCAGGCGUUCAUAAAGCCACUAUUGUCUGGCUACACGACGUCCGGUUCACAGGCUACUGCUCUAUUUUAUUUCUUACUUCCGGCUCUGCAAAAUUUGAGGCAUCCAAAUGUAUGAUUUUGCCAUGCAAUGAACUUGAGAACAUGCGAGAUGAUUUUGAAUCUUUAAAUGAAGUAAACUCAUAUAUUACCGAAAUUUUAUCUUCCGAACCCGAUAAUUUAAAGAUUAUGAAAGGAGUAGGAGGAAUCGGCAUGGGUGCAGCACAAGCUCUCUAUUAUACGAGUUGUUAUGCCUUUGGAUGGGUUCCCAUAAGCCCACAAAUUGUUAUAGGGAUCAAUGGGUGGCUUCCUGGCUGGAGGAACUUAGAAUACAAUAUGAGUAAUACUAAUUUUGGGACUGCAAAUCGUGCCGCAUCAUCACGAAUCUUACUUAUGCAUAGAACUUCUGAUGAUGUUAUUCCCUCUGCGUUUGGGUACAAAUGUGCUGACUACCUUCGAGUGGCUGGAUUUCCAACUUUGUUUAAACAAUGCGGAGGGGAUCAUUUAGUGAAUGAGAUCCGUGUUUGGCUCAGAACCCUUGGGCUUUGA